UCUUGUGUUUAGCCUCUGUGUUCCCUUUGUCUCCUGUCAGAUUGUUUUGUGUUUUGCCCUGUCUGUGCCCUGUCAGUGUGUCUCAGCCAUGUGCCUUUGUUUGGAAUCUUCCCUGCGUUCUCUCGGUCCUAAAACACUCAAUGAAUACAGCGAGGGUAGUUCAGGAACUAAUGGAUACUGGUUUGGCCUGAGAGCUGAAGGUGGGAGAUGGAAGUGGAUUGAUGGAAGUAAUCUGACUGUAAGAUACUGGACACCACAACCUCUUCCUACUGCUACUGAUGGUCAGUGUGUAAUGUCUGUCCAGAACAAUAAAUGGAUAUCAGUGAAGUGUACUGCGAAACAAAGAUGGAUCUGCAAAAUGAAGGCUUUAUCUGUCUAAACACUGCAGUCAGACUCUGCAUGAUAAUAUCAACUGGCUUAUACAUAUCAAACUAUAAACACAUCUACUACACAAUUUAAAUGUUUUG